GAAGAAGAAGAAGAAGGACUUGCUGACGAAAGACCAACAACAUCCAAGAUGGCGGCGGCGGCGAGUUCCCUCGUUUCUUACGGCAGCGGCUCAGAUUCGGAAAACGAGUCCGAAUUCGGUAACGUUACCAGUCCGCAGAAGGUCGAUCCAGACGCGGUAGCUCAUCUUCAGCCGUUAAAACCCGGCACUAUAACGGCGUUAGCCGUUCUGAAUUCCGCGCCCGAAGUCGCCGUGAAGGAAGAUGUUGAGACCGGUGUUCAUCUUGAUCCAGCACUCAAAGAAGUCACUUACAACCCUACAUAUGAAACCAUGUUUGCUCCAGAGUUUGGACCAACAAACCCGUUCAGAUCGAAACAGAUGUCCGCCCCGAGAAACAUGCUGUCUGGUUACGCCGAACCGGCUCAUGUCAACGACUUCAUGUUUGAGCAGCAGAGAAGAACGUUCUCCACGUUCGGUUACGCUCUGGACCCGUCUGUGGACACCAGUGAGGUCUCAUCCAGCAGCUACAUUGGAGCCGUGGAAGAAGCGGAGAAAAACAAAGGGCUGAUGGUGUUUGAGACGGGAGCGAAGAAGACAGAGAAGAGGAAGAAGGUGAAAGGUGGAGAUGCGUCAGACAUCGAGAGCUUCCUCGGCCCCUGGGCCAAAUACCAGGAUGAGAAAGACGUGGCCAAACCCUCAGAGGACGAGCAGAAAGAGCUAGAUGAGAUCCUAGCCAAGAGACAAAAGCGAGGCAAGAAUGAAGAAGAGGCUCCAGCGGAGGAGAAGACCGUCCUGCACGUUAAAGAAGCGUACGAUUAUCAGGGCCGCUCGUACCUGCAUGUUCCUCAGGACGUGGGCAUCAACCUGCGCUCAGCGGACGUCCCGGAGAAAUGCUACCUGCCCAAGAAACAGCUGCACGUCUGGACCGGACACACCAAGGGCGUCAGCGCCAUCCGUCUGUUCCCGGUGUCUGCUCAUCUCCUGCUCUCCUGCUCCAUGGACUGUAAGAUCAAGUUGUGGGAGGUUUAUAAUGACAGAAGAUGUGUGCGGACGUUUAUCGGUGAGUCUUGUGUGGUUUCUAUCUCUGCUAGUGGAAGGAUCAAACACUUGAGUGAUCAUCUUGUCAGGGAUAUUCCUGUGGACUUCAAGUACAUCGCUGAGCCCAGUAUGCACUCGAUGCCUGCGGUCACGCUGUCGCCCAACGGAAAGUGGCUGGCCUGUCAGUCCAUGGACAAUCAGAUCCUGAUCUUCGGAGCGCAGAACAGAUUCCGGCUCAACAAGAAGAAGAUCUUCAAGGGUCACAUGGUGGCGGGAUACGCCUGUCAGGUGGACUUCUCUCCGGACAUGAGUUACGUGGUCUCCGGCGAUGCUGACGGGAAGCUGAAUAUCUGGGACUGGAAGACGACGAAACUCUAUCAUCGGAUCAAAGCGCAUGAUAAGGUGUGCAUCAGCGCGCUCUGGCAUCCUCACGAGACGUCGAAGGUGAUCACCUGCGGCUGGGACGGACAGAUCAAGCUCUGGGACUGACGCAUCCGCUUCCUCGUGUUUUCCUCUCGAGCCUGAGUCUCAGCUUUUAACUGAUGUGAGAUUAUUAAUGGGCUGGUAUCCAGUCCUAAACACACAGACACACACACACACACACACAGACUUGCAGCUCAUGCUUUUUGUUUUGUAAUGAAUGAAUCUGUAUCUCCAGUGUCUCACAUUUGUCUCUUUUUGAGGAUAAUAAAUGUCUCUCGUUUA